AUGGUGGAUUUGGGUGGAUUUCGGUCGCUGCCGUGCUACGUGGCCUGCUCUCAGGUGCUGGGCGUGGUGUGUGUUGUGCUCACGGGUGUGUGGAUGGGUCACUACCACGGGGGCUACGCCUGGAACAGCUCGGAGCAGCAGUUUAACGUGCACCCGCUCUGCAUGGUCAUCGGCCUCGUCUUCCUCUACGGAGAUGGUGUGCUGGUGUACCGUGUGUUCAGAAAUGAGAGUAAGCUUGCAGUGAAAAUUCUCCAUGCUCUGCUUCACAUGAUGGCCCUCAUUAUCAGUAUUGUGGGUCUGGUGGCCGUGUUUGAUGUCCACAAUAAAGCUGGCUAUCCGAACAUGACCUCUCUGCAUAGCUGGUGUGGCAUGCUUACCUUCGUCUUCUUCUUCAUGCAGUGGCUGCUGGGAUUGGGCUUCUUCCUGUUUCCCUGGGCAUCAACAGUGCUACGGAAAUGGUAUCUUCCACUGCAUGUAUUCUUUGGCCUGGUGCUCCUGGCCAUGGCGGUUGGUUCUUCACUCAUGGGCAUAUCUGAGAAAGCGAUCUUCAGUCACCUGCCAGAGUUUGGUUCUGAGGAGGUUCUGGUCAACAUGCUCGGCCUGCUGCUGGUGUGUUUUGGGGUACUUGUGGGUUACGUGGUGACCAGAGAAGAGUUCAGACGACCGCCGAACCCUGAGGAAGAGGCUUUGUCUGUCCACUUCAACACACUGAGUGAGAACUCCAGGCCCAACACGCCUUAA